AUGUCUAAGCUGGAUGACUUCCUAGACGAGAUCGUCAAGGUACACAUGAAGCAGCUCGAUCCAGAGGCAAUAGUCGAGGAAGAACAGUCUGCUCCCGUCAGCUGGUCGGAGAUGGUUGGUCUUCAUCGGAGUGCCCUUCAGCUGCAAGGGCAGCGAAAGAUUCUGCUGUCCUGGAGGAUUUUGCUGCUGGUGUGCUACAUCGCUGCGGACUACUUGUGCCAGGGACCGCAUCGAGACGUUUUGCAGGUUCUGAAGCGAACUCCUUGGAAAGAUUGCCGAGACCUAGUGACCUAG